GAUUUCUUGUUUAUCGAUUAAGCAAAAUUAAGCAGCUGUUAAGCAAAGAAGUAAACAGCAAAGCAUUAGUAAAUAUGAGCGACGCAACGUUAGAAACAGCUACACAAAAUGAUGAAAAACCGCCGAGUAGUUCGCCAAUUGUGGCCCCAUUAUCCGCCAGUAGUCUGCAACUGCCCACCACUGCACAACAGAAGCUAAGCGCACCUUCCUCAGGCUCGGCGACAGGAAAUCCACGAAACAAAUGCGCCUUAAAGCCAGGGUAUUCCUUAAUGAGUUGGGUGCGUCUGUGCAACUCGGGUGCCGAUCUUACUGGCACUGGCGGACGAAUUGAGCCGGUCACACGUGAAGAACUGGCGCAACACAAUCGAGUUGACGACGCCUGGGUGGCCAUAAGAGGUCGCGUCUUCAAUGUCACACAUUACAUGGACUUUCAUCCAGGUGGCGUCGAUGAGCUGAUGCGCGGUGUUGGAAGAGAUGCGACAAAACUAUUUGAAGAGAUCCACGCAUGGGUCAACUAUCCUCAGUUGCUCAACAAGUGCUAUAUAGGACAAUUGAAGGAUAACGCUUCGGGAACCUCGAUACUUGCUCCUCCGUCGAGUCCCGCGAACGUUUUGCCCCGCUUUGAUUGGACACAAACGUUCGACGACCUCUCGUUUCGCUUCCAAACGUAUCGCUGGUCAAAUCCAGGAGUGUUCGUACAACAUUCCGCGGCCGAAGAACCAACAAAAAAGCUUGAGAUUGCAGUGCAAGUGGAAGAGGUUUGGCAUGGCUUUGGAUUUGAGUUGUGCCGUGAGGUUUUAUGGCCACCAAAAGCGGUUUUGACGAAUCCAGAGACUGGAAAAAUUGAGGUGGUGUUUGCCAAGUAUAUGUCAGGGCCAUGGACAAAAUAUGGAAACCAUGUGGGCACGGUGCUGGGUACGCUGAGUGAGCUGUUAAAAUACGAGGUGCAUAGCCGCGACGACUUCAAUCACGACUCGUUCCAACUGAACUUGCAGAGUCUCAAGCAAGAGGUGGUGCUCAGAGUGCCAAUAGGCUCUCAUGUGAACCUUGAAGUGCCGCACAACGGUGAAGUGCUACAACGCAGCUACACACCUCUGCCGUACUCCUAUCUGCCUGGUCCCAACAGAGAACCUAUGGCGACAAAAAACGAUGUGAAGUUUCUUAUCAAGUAUUAUGAGAAAGGUGCCGUGUCCAAGGAACUGCAUGAAAUCAGUCCUGGCACCCUUGUGAAGAUGACUGUGCCGCGUGGCAGCUUUAAACUGUCCGAACUGGAAAAACAUCGCAACAUCCUGCUUCUGGCUGCUGGCAGCGGCAUCACUCCCAUGCUCAGUUUUAUUAAGCCAUUGCUUCUAAGGGAAUCGAAUCGCAUCGAGCGCGUUCAUUUGAUGUACUUCAACAAGAAAAUUGCCGAUAUUUGGCAGAAGAAUGAAUUGAAGUUGCUCCUGAAAUGGGACGAACGCUUCACUUGCGUCCACUACACUUCAGAGGCAGGGGAAGAGGAACAGCUGCAAGUCGGUCGUAUUGGCGAGGAACUGUUGGCUCCAUUGUUUAAGGAAAAGAACGGUGAGAGCUUUAGCUAUGCUCUUAUAUGUGGACCCACCGGAUUCAACACUGCUGCUGUAGAUGCUUUGACUGCAUUAAAGAUGAAGACCGAACAAAUUCAUGUGUUCCAAGGUUGAACUGCUCUGCUGGAAAUUGUAUUUGUAGUUGUGGGUUUUUCUUUAAUUUUAUAUUAUUUUCUUUCAAUAAUUUAAUAAAUUUAACAAAUACUAGAAAAUUGUUUUUCCUGACGUAUUUUUCACAAUAAAGACGUCGUCGCCGUCUACUUUUCACUUAUGUAUGACUCGCACAUAGGUCGCAUAAAUUUGGUUUAAUAGUGUAUGAAUCUGAAUAGUCAAGGAA